UGUGUUUUCAGUCACAUGUCUCAUGUUUCAUCCAAAACUGUAUAAAGUUUCUGUUCUCCCUGUGUACUCAGUUUCAAUCCAACAGAGCUGAGAACAGAGUGAAGAUGAAGGUCUGGUUUCUGCUGUUUGUGCUGCUGCCACUCUGCCUAGAUACUACUGGUGUUGCAGCACAAUAUAAAAUUGACUGCUAUGGGGAGGAUUUCCUAAUGGUGAGAAAUAUGGUCCUGCAUUGCGCAAGCAAAGUUCAGCAGGCGUGUUACACCAGAUCAUCUGGAGAGAAGGGCUGCGUUCGGAUGGAGUUCUGUAAAAGACCUGGCUGGAAAUGUUGCCAGACAAAUCUCUGUAAUGCAUAAAUUUAACACCAGAGAGAGCUAGAUUGCUAAUCAAAUGUCUUUCUAAAAAAAUAGUGUCUUUUUGAACUUCAUUAAAGAUCCCAUUCUUCUGCAUUUCGUCUGUAAAAACACUUGAUAUAGAUACGGCUUAAUAAAUAAUUACACACGUUA